UCGAGUUGGUAUUAUAUCAUUUGGACAAAGAAAAAAAAAACCAAUGUUAUGGUUUCGGUGUGUUUUUCAUAAUGUCAUAUAACGAGUCGCAUGAAAACCGCAUGAAGAGGGAGAAAUGGUAACAUUUUGAGCAACAGACAAUACAUUGAGGUCUAGUUGAAAGAGUUACAACUUGGUGAUCACACCAAUCAAUCAGUUGAAAUUUAAAACGAGACUUGAAAAAAAUGAAUUUCUUUUUAAUUUUACAUGUGAUAAUUGGCGCGUCAAUCGUAACGGCGAAACCAGUUGAUGUAAACAAUGACGAUCGACCUUUAAUCAAUUACAUCGCACCACAUCAGAUUGAUGACCUGCCGAUUGUUGAAAAAGAACGAACAGGCCAAUUGGAGUAUGAGGGCAUUCCAUCAAAAGGCAUAUCGAUUUAUGAUCAAAGUCAAAAAAAGUUCGGUGACAUUUUAAGAACAAAUGCCGAACCAAUCGUUGAUACAAUUCAAGAGGAAGAGAAAUAUGGAAACGAUGGAAAUCGCCCUUGGGAUAGAGCCAUCGUAAACACACUGGAAAAAGUGUCUGUUUUUGUCAAUAAUGUCAUUGAGACACCCAAACAAUUUGCGAGAAGUAUUACACAAAAAAUAACGGAUGGUUUGAAUGUAGUAGGCGCAAAAAUUGUUGGUUUAUAAUAGAAUUCUGUAAAUAGUUCAUAAGAAUUUUAAUGUUAUUGGUGACUUUUUCAAUAAAAUGUGUUGGAAAUUUAUAAAUAA